AUGCCAUUGAUCGUGACUCUCAAAGUGCGUCAUCCCCUAGUCAUUCCCCCGCUCUCCGACGAACAAUGUCAGGAUAGCAUCACAGUGCGGCCGGCAACUCUUCAGCCGGCUGAGAGUCCGCCUGUGAUGGACACCGAGGCCUCGCCUGGUCCUGCAGCCUCGCCUGGUGUUGUGGUCAAGGAGCCUGGUGAUGAGGCCGAGACUGAACCCCAGACUCAAACCAGCGAACCAGCUCCUAUCCCUCAUGUCCUUGCACCUAUCGUGCUCCGCUACAUUCGAGACAUCUGCCGUAAAUGGGGCGUCGAAAACCUAAAAGAGUUCUUCACCAUCCCCCAGGGUGACCCUCGAUAUCAUGACUCCCUCCCUGCCAGCAUUCGCCGCACGAUAAUCACCCGCGAGUUUCUUCAAAAGCUCUGCUACAUUUCUGAGCACUGCGACUGCGAGGACGCUCGCUUGAGAAUUGCCUCUACCUCCAUGAACCAGGCCGAGCAGUUCCACGGAUACGUUCGCCCGGUUGUGCUCGACUGGGUCAUUGCUAGUUUGCAAACGGAUAAAGGUCUCGUCAAUUCGGACAGGCAAGCCAAGAUGCCUACUACCAAGGAAAAGAUGCAGAAGAAGCGACAGGACAAGCAGAAGCAGAAGGAGAAGGAACAGGCCGGCCAAAGCACCGAUCACCCUGCACCCAGCUCCGCAGUUGCAAGCCAUCCUACCAGCCAGCCCGCACAAAACGACCAGAUCAUCUGCCUUUCCGACACCGACAUGGACUCAAACUCUCCACCUCCAGGUCCUGCUACUGCUAUCGCCAAUCCAACACCCACGACAGCACGCUCUGAACCUACGCAGUCGAUGCCCUCUGAGCCACUGCCCAUGAUGAAUCGAAAUGCAAACCAGCAGCCUCAAGGCCAAAUCCCCCCGAACCAACAGCCUCAAGGCCACAUCCCUCUAGGCUACAUGCCUCCAGGCUGCCCCCAAGGUUACACCCCUCCAGGUUACAUUGCCUUCAACGGGUCGUUCUACCCCGGCGCACCUCGAACUCAGCCGCCAAACGGACCACCAGCUCCCGCCGCCGCACACCGACCCCUUCCCUAUACCCAACCUCCUACAUCUGGGAAUGCGCCCGUCGCUCCUAUGUCUGUAGCCCCUAUGCGUGGACAGGUCCGCAUGGCCCAGGCUGAAUCGAGCGAGCUGAAUGCCAUCGAAGAAGAAAAGGCCCAUCUCAUCGCCUGCGUCCACUUCAGAGAGGAGCGCAUCCGCAUCCUCUCCGUGUACGCGGAGCGCGUCGACGCCUCCCCGCCCCCAACACCACAGGAGAAGCUCGAGGCUGCGUACGAAAUGGUGAAGAGUCUGGAGAAGCUCGCGAUGCCGCCGGGCAUGAAGAGCCUCAUCACCGACAAGGCGGACGCGUGGAUCCUGGAUGUCAUCAAGCCGAGCCUCGAAAGGGUCAAGAGAGUGUUCGAGAACCCAGACGGUGGUGAGGGGAAUCCCUUUGAGGAGGGUGUGCCCCCCUUCAAAGGGAUCAAGACGGAGAGAAUGGCGCAGAAUUGCGAGAUCAACCCCAUGCUGGAACGGAUCAGGAAGCUCGAACGGAUGGCUCGGAUGGCCGGUCUUCUCCUGCGCCGGACGCAUGUCCAGCUCGUGAACCCACAACGACGACGGCUGCCUCGACAGCCAGAGAUACGUCUCCCCCACGUCCUCGCCCCUCAUGCUGGCCCCCGUCCUCGUCUUGUCGCUGUCCUCGUCGGCGAUGGGCCCGUUGGCGAUGGCGUGGACGACGUGCACCCCGAACCUGCUGUGCUCCUUGGCGACGGCCUGGGCGACCAUGCGCACGCUGGCGCGCGAGGCCCCGUACGACGCGUAGUUCUGGUUGGUGCGCAGGGCGCCCAGCGUCCCCGUGAAGACGAUGGUGCCCUUGACGGUGCCGCCCGUCUCGGCGAGCGGGGUCUGCCCGCCGUGCUGGGCGUACAUGAGCCGGAGGGCCUCCUGGGCGAAGACGACGGCGCCGGUGGUGUAGGUCUGCAUGGUCUCGUUGAAGGCCUCGGGCGUCUCCUCGAGGAAGGGCUUGCGGGCGGCGUUGCGGACGUGGUAGACGGCCAGGGCGAGCUUGAGGUCCCUGAAGGCGGGCUCCUCGGCGAUCUGGGCAAAGGUCGCGCGGAGGCGGUCGGGGUGGGUGUUGGUGGCGAAGGCGUGGAGGACGCCGCCGUUGGACGAGGUGCGCAGCUCAACGGCGAGGGUGUCGAGGGCGUCCUUGUUGCGGGCGAGGAGGGCGACGGCCAUGUUGCCUUUCUGGGGGUCGGCGAGGACGCGGGCGAUGCCUGCGCCUGA